CCCACUUACUUUCCACAAAGCGAGUGCCGUGGAAAUCACGGCCUCUCUCGCUCGUUGAGCCCUUUAAUCCCUCGCCGGAACCCUAGAUCCCUCCGAUCCCAUCCUCUCUCGUCACCAUGAGCCUCGAGCCUUUCAAUCGAUUGGUGAGAUUGGCGGCCAGGGCGUUCUAUGAUGAUAUUACGAUGAAGGGAGAUAACCAGCCGAAGAACGGCAGGGGGGAUAACCGCGGGAUGGCCGUCGUCGUUCUUGAUGCUCUCACUAGGCGUCAGUGGGUUAGAGAAGAAGACCUGGCGAAGGCUUUGAAGUUGCAUUCAAAACAACUCCGACGCACAUUGCGAUUUUUUGAAGAAGAGAAGCUAGUUACCCGGGAUCAUAGGAGAGAGACAGCCAAAGGUGCAAAAAUAUUCAGUGCUGCAGUAGCUGCUACAGCUGAUGGUCCACGUGGUAAAGAGGGCGAAGAGAAGAUGAAGCUUCAUACUCAUUCUUAUUGCUGCUUAGAUUAUGCACAGAUAUAUGAUGUUGUAAGGUAUCGGAUGCAUCGGAUGAAGAAAAAGUUGAAGGAUGAAUUGGACAGUAGGAAUAUGGUUCAAGAAUACAUAUGCCCUAAUUGUGGCAAAAGGUACUCGGCUUUUGAUGCGCUGCAGCUUGUGAGCCUCACUGAUGAGUACUUCCAUUGCGAAAGAUGCAAUGGUGAACUUGUUGCUGAGAGUGACAAGCUUGCUGCUGAGGAAAUGGGAGAUGGAGACGAUAAUGCUAAGAGGAGACGACAUGAAAAGUUGAAAGACAUGCUUCAGAAAAUGGAGGAGCAGUUAAAGCCAUUGGCUCAACAACUUCUGAGAGUAAAGGAUUUGCCUGUUCCUGAUUUCGGAACUCUCCAAGCAUGGGAAGCUAGGGCAAAUGCAGCUAACCGGGCUAAUGGUGAUCCUAGUGCAAAUGAUUCCUCUAAAUCUUCUCAGGGGCAUGGUUAUGGCGGAACACCAAUGCCUUUUCUUGGUGAUACAAAGGUUGAAGUUGCUUUCUCUGGUGUAGAAGUGAAAGAAGACACUGAACCUGAGACAAAGGCCACUGCAUUGAAGGUUUUACCACCAUGGAUGAUCAGAGAAGGCAUGGUCCUCACAAAAGAGCAACGUGGAGAAGUCAAGCCUGAUGUGAUGAAAAUGGAUCAACCUUCCAGCUCUACAGAUGACAAAAAGCAGAAAAUUGUGAAAGAUGACCAAAAGAGUAUAGAGGAUGAGUAUAUCAAAGCCUAUUACUCUGCACUGAUGGAGAGGCAAAGAGCACAAGAAGAAGUCACCAAGAAAAUGCAAUCGGAAGCUGGGAACCUAUCAAAUGGUGUUUCAGAGGCAGCUGGGCGUAAGGUUGGCGCAAAAGCAAAAAGAGAAGAGGAUGAAGAUGAUGCUGAAUGGGAGGAGCCUCAACCAACAGGUGAAGUUUAUAAGGUGGCUGAUUUGAAUGCUCAAGCUCAGGAAUCCAGUGAGGAUGAAGAGGAUGGAAUUGAUUGGGAGGAAGGUUGAUAGCUUUUCGUCUGCUGCUGUUCUUGUUUGCCGGGUUUUUGUUUCUUGAAAUUCCGUCCAGGCGUAAAUCCUUCUCACUGAAACAUGUUGUCAUUUAUUUAUCUCCAAUUCUGUUCUCAGCCUUUGGAAUUGAUUAUAUGUAAGAUUUGUGCUGGAACAUUGCAAUCGGACUAACAGGAAACCAAAGGGUCUGAGACAUUUGAAGCCCUUUUUUUUUAUUGAGGAGCUGUUAUCUUCUUUUCUAGUUUUACCUGGGUUAAGUGUAUGUAUAAUCAAUUAUUCAUCAAUAUAAAAUUGUUAGAUUCAUGACUGGA